AUGGCAGACUCGGUCGUUGCUUUUAAGAAUGGGCUAGAUAAAAUCCUAAUGGAUAAGGAUAUACAGGAUGAUGCACAGCCCCUACACUCCUCUUAUACACAGGUGAGCACAGCCCCUACACUCCUCUUAUACACAGGCCGGAGUCUCUCUCAGCACAACGUACAUGACACCCCAGACGCCCUGAUCCGGACACAGGGCUCUGCUGUCUCUAUCUGGUGUAACGCCAGCGGCCAUACCGUGGGGGGCUUCGAGUGGUCCAUGUUUCCCGCUCAUUCGCCCACACAGAAGAUGCAGAUUGUCAGCUCUGUGGACCCUCACUUCUCCUAUACCAUAUACAGGGAUCGGGUGAGGGUAAGGCGGGAGAUCUACCUAGAGAGUGUGGGAGACGACGCCUCCCGACUUCACAUCACCCACUUGCGGGCACAAGAUGCGGGCGAGUAUGAAUGUUACGCCCCAAAUACAGCUUACAGCUACUACGGGGGUUACAGCACCAGCGUCAGCCUGACAGUGAUCCCAGACUUGCUACGGGUACGGUUAUUGUCACCAGAGGAGCUGACUCUUCAUGAAGACGACUCAUUGACCAUGACUUGUGAGGUUUCCUCUGGAACCCGCCAGCACAUACACUUCUCUGUCACCUGGUAUCAGAGACAUACGGACUCUACACAGUCAGUACUCAGCCUCUCCAAGCAAUCCGUUGUGUCUGCUGGGCCCACUUUCCUCGGACGCCAGCAGGCUGGUGAGAUGAGGCUGGAGAAAGUGUCAGCCACCUGGUACCAGCUAACAGUGUACAGACUGCAGGCCUCAGACCAAGCUGAAUAUUACUGCCAGGCCAGCGAGUGGAUCCAGGAUCCGGAUAACAGCUGGUACCCACUGACCACCAAGAGAAGCCGUGCCGCCAAAGUCCAGCUUCAUUCACCAGAAAUGAUGUCACCAGUCCACAGCUCGGCCAUCAGGAGGGCUCCCAUCUUUCUGCUACAGCUCCCCCUACUGGCCUGGACAGCAUACUGCAGCGCCCCUUAGCUGCACCCUGUGAGCGGGCCUGCUGGGGGGUGAAGUGGGCGGCACCACACCACAGGAAAACUUCACUGCUACGGGAUACAUGGAAACAUAGAAUGUGACGGCAGAUAAGAGCCACUAGGCCCAUCUAGUCUGUCCUGAACACGCACACUUACACACUAGGGUUCAUUAUUUGUGAGGAGCCUAUUAACACACCGGUAUAGUUUUGGAUUGUGAUACUCACACUCAGGGGAUGCUUCUGUGUAUCCUGGGAGUAAUGAUGGGCCGCCGUCAGUGACCCUACCUCUCCCAUACUAUUAUUAGGGGAUGACUUUCCUCACCAUGAAAUAACUCUUCCAUUACCUCACCAUGACACCUUUCCUUGUUACACACUACCCACAGAAGGGCCAGUAAUGCUUUGCUGUUACCCCUGUCUCCUGCUGGGGGCAGGUUAGUGACAGAGGCCUCUUAUACAGACUGCACAUUCUGCACGCAGGCUGUGUAUACCCGGACUGGCCAGCAGGGAGCAGCACACACUAACGUUACAUUGCUGCGUAUGUCAUUAGCCGCGCACCAGUAUACUCACACGCGGCCUGUCUGUUACUGCACGGGGAGAAUCUCAGUACAUUGUUCUGUUAUUGUGUUUGUUGCUGAAUAAAUGUUUCUAUGUGG